GAUUUCAGGUCUAAGAAUAGCUUGGGUUAACCUACCCAGAUUGACGAAGGUGUGAUCCUUGCAUCCAAACGUUUCUGAGACUGCCAAUGGUCACACUGUGAUGUGAAUCACCGUUUCAGAAUGUCAGGCAAAACGCAAUGGGUGAAAGCUGACGGCACUUUGCUUGAUGGAAAGGAGGCAGAACGGGAACUGGCUAGAUUUGAUGCUGAGGGCAUCCUCAGUGAGCUCGGCCUGAAGAAAGGAAGUGCGGGAUCAGUGGCCAAGGAGAGCAGUUCUACAAAAGGUGACACAUUCAAAGGACUUGGGCAAAGUCUGAAAUCUGCCACUGGACCAAGAACACCAACAGGACACGAUUCAUCUCCUCAUCCAGAUGACAGUCCUGGAUCUGAUAUCCCCGGAGCAACCAGUCAGAUACACCAACUCCAGACCGGUACUAGCCAUCAAACAAAUAGAAGGCGUAAGUCUUCUGUCAUCGAUCAGGCAGAAGAUGCAGAGUUAAAGAAGAAGAUUGCCGGCGUCAGUCCUCAGAUGAAGGAAGACGCGCAUCAAAUUUGGAAAUUCUCCAAAGAUGUGGAGAAUGGAGUGUACCGUUUCAGCUUGGAUGUUGACAGUCUUUGGCAAGGCAUAUCCGAACCUUUUUACUCAUUCACAGGAAAAUCAAUGAAGUUACCAACAAGACUCUGUCCUACAUCGAAACUGGCGAGCACAUGGUGCAGACAAGCCUGGACACUAUUGAGAUGUGGAGUGAUAUGACUAAAAAUAUCCAAGGAGCAACGGAAGCUCUCAACAAUGUUAUAAAGGACAAGGCUGGAGAAGUAACUGGAUCCUCUCGGAAUCUCAGUGAUCAAGCUCAGGGACUAGCAGAAUCUGCAACUUCAAUUGUUGAGAAUCCAACGUUGAACCGCGUGGCUGACAUGUCUGACAUAUCUCUCGUGAUAAAAAAAAUGUCGGGAACAGUUGGUCACCUCAGCACAACAUUCAACAGCCUUGUUGAGGACAUGUCAGCUGACAUACAGAAGAAUAUUACAAGUUUCUCAGACAUGCUUAUCAAAGCAGGUGAGGACAGUGGACUUUUUCGCUUCAUCAAAGAGGCAGGACAUGAAAUAUGCGAACUUUUGAAGAAGAUUCUGGCAAUCAUACAUUUCGUAAAGGAAAAGAUAAAAAAGUUUCUAGAAGUGUUCAAUGGUUUAAUUGACAAAGUAUUCACUUUCCUGGGCAAGAUUGUAUCAGUGAUACAAGAUGUCCUUGGCCUUGACAUGGAGUUAAUGAAAGAAGCCCUAAAGAAUGGGACAAUUCGAGCAGCUGAUGUCAAAGCUGGGAAUGUCAACUUUGCUUUGAGUUCUGAAGUGAAGACAAAGUCAUCAACAGUCGUCUCGGGAGCCAAAGUGACAGCAGGCAAUGUCUCUGCAGUGGGCAAGGUUGUCGAUAAUUCAAGAAGUGGACACAUUGAAGUGGCUGCUGUUGAUGUGAAGGCUGGUAAUGCCGACGUAGCUCUGAUGCGAGAGGGCAAGAUCAAAAGGAACCUAGCUUAUCUGAAAGGGGCAAAUAUAAAUGCAGGAAAUGCACGAGCAACCUUGGUGGAUGAUAGAGAAAUUGAUUCUGCUGUUGUUGGGGCAUCUGCAGCUGAAGUCAAUGUUGGCAAUGUUGAAGCCUUUGGACUUGGACGGAAAGGAACACACAGGCAUACAACAGCUCAGCCAAGUUUCAGUGCAGGUAAUGUAGCUAUCGGCGUGAGAAGAAGCAGAGGUACCAAUAUUAAAGCUGGUCCGCAGUUUUCUGCUGGUAACAUUGACUUAACUAUUGGGGCGCCUUCAGUGUCGAAUUUUCUCAACCAGUUUAGACCUGGGCAUGGAUUUGCCAACUUCACAAUACCAUUCCUUGGUGGAGGAGCAGAGGAGGCAGGUGGAAAGUCUAAUGGUGGGAAGGGAAAUGAGAUGCCAUUAGAAACUGCAGGAGAAUCUACCUAUGGAUUACCAAGAGACACGGUAGAGUUUGGGGAUAGGCUUCCCCAACAUGAGGACACUGGAACAGGUGGUGUACACUCAGGUUCAAACAAGAAUGGAGCGACUGGAACUGACCCUGUUCCUGUUCCUGGGUCUGGUCCUAGUCCUGGCUCUGGGGGCAGAGGCAAAAGUACCUCAGGAGCCAGUGCUGGUGGUACCGGGAAAGGGACUGGCAGGAGCAACACUCAAGAAUCACAUUCAAGAAUAAGCACAGCCUCAAACACUCACAACUUUGGCACUGAAAAGGGAAAAGAUUCGCAAACAUGUAAACGUGGACAAACUGGACAAACAUCUAUUUCUAUAUCCUCUUCGAAUUCCUUGCUGAACGAAUCAUCUGACAGCCCAUUUUCCCCAAAACAGGACAGCAGAGGCAAACCAUUAGGUGAAUCAGGUGAAUCGAAAGGAGUCAGUAACUCUCUCGGAUCAGGAGUGCAUAAAAGCGGGGAUGGAAUUGGGAAUACACCAGAAGAAGAUUAUCAAACUACAGUAGCUUCAAUUGUCAGGAGGGAAGUUUAUCAAAAGUCUGGAAAGAAGCCCAAAAAGGAUCCAAAGAAAGAAACAAGGGCAGAUGAAAAGGACAAGAAAUACAGUAAAGAAGAGCUCAGGAGGGCAUUGUUAAAGGAAGGUCAAGAGGAAUUGGGUUCAAGUGUGGAAGCUGGUGAAGGCUGUACAGGAGUCGGUAAAGAAACGAAAGCCACAAAGAAAACUCAUAUUAAACCCAAAGCUAAACCUUGGGGAGAACAUGGCAACAUCCAUGGAUUCAGUACUCUUGGUACCGAAUGCGGAAAAGAAGUCAAGAAACUGGGAAAUCGUAUUUACGGUUUUGGGGAUGAGUGAACAAUCGGACAGUUGACGCACAUCAUACUGAUUGUGUGAUUGGUGUAAUAAACUACCAGCAACCAGAGGUACCAAACUCAGACAUUACAUAAACCUUCGUUACAGCAAACGUUUAACAUCUAUGUGUUUUGAUUUUCUGUCGUAUUUUGGUCGCUUUUUAUUUUUUUGCUUUCUUUUGCUUUUGCUUUGGUUGUGUGUUUUUUCAUAUUUGUUUGUUUGAUUUUAUGAUGAUACAAAUUGAUAUUGUAUAACCAACAAUGAAUAAUACGGUCACCAUUAUAUUGUCACAGUGUUUUCAUACGAUCGAGACACAAUAGUUUUGAUGAAAUAUCCUUUCUCUAUGCGCUAAGUAAAGAAAGUAAGGAAACAAUGUAUAUGUAUAUUCAGCAAGUUAUGAAUACCAUGUUUAAUGAACCGCAAAAGAAAAAUGAUGUUUCAAAACCAAAUGCAAAAUUUUGUACUUAGAAUGUGGUGUUUUUAUUAUGAUUGCACCGUUUGUUAACAUGUUUUUUUAAUCCGAAUUGACAGUUAUUACCAACAUCUGUGUGUUUUCUGAUGAAAAAGCAUAUCGACCAAACGUGCCUAAAAGACUGACGUGGUAAAAGGUGCCGUAUGACAUUUGUGAAAAUGAAAAUGCACGUGCAUAUCGUGACAACCCUUCCAAUGAAAGCGAGUCUCAAACUCGCCUGGAAUCAUUCUUGUGUUGACACAAUCGCCAUACUUAAGAGUUACCAGAGGAACCAAGCCUUGGCAAGUUGGCCAGAUUGCACAGAGGGUAGCCAAUCAUUUCAAUGUUCAUGUUUGGACAAUCUACCGACUGCAGGAACGGUAUCAGGCCACUAACAGCAUCCAAGACCACCCACGCAGUGGACGACCUGCAGUUACAUCACAACAUCAACAUCGACAGAUUGCGCGCAGCCAUCUACAGGAUCGCUUCACCAGAGCCAAGGAAACAGCUCGCCAGACCAUUGAGACUCACACGAGAACCAUUAGUGCCGAUACAGUGCAUCAACGUUUGCGCGGAAGAAUCCCCUGCUGUCACAGACCCUAUCGUUGUCCUCUUCUCAUCACUCCUCACCCAAACUGACUGCAAUGGGCAACUCAUCAUCGCAGUUGGUGUAAUUGACAAUGGAGAACUCUUCUUUUUUUCUGAUGAAAGCCGAUAUUGUGUUUCGACAGGCGAUGGCAGAGUGAGAGUACAGCGAAGACGUGGGGAACGGCUUUCAAAUGCGUGUAUUGUUGAAAGAGACUCGUGGGGUGGUCCAAGCAUCAUGGUGUGGUGUGGAAUCGAUCUGAACUAGAGUUGACCCCAUGGUGUUCCAGAAUCACAGUCCAGGAUGAGGAAAUGGCGUGACAGCUGCUCGCUAUAGUGACCAAGUCAUGAGACCCCACUUUGUACCACAUUUUGAACGCCACAGAACUCACACCUUCCAGCAAGACAAAGCUCGUGCUCACACUGCCAGAGCAACACUGGACUUCCUAAUGCAACAUGGCAUCCAAACCCUACAAAGG